AUGAGGUGCCGGGCAAGUAUCUUCGUUUGCUUGAGUGUCGCCUUUUUCAGUCAGGCUUCAUUUGCACUUCAGAACCAUCAGCCGCGACCUUCCCAUGCGGACAACGUAAAAACUCAGGGCAUUCGACGGGAUCAGUUUUGCUCUUAUUUGGUGGCGGCAAGUGGCGCAAGCGUUGUUUCAUGCUCGCCCAACCGAGCGAAUGCCGAAAACGAUGACGGUGUUACCGUAUACAAGAACCCCUCGGGGCUGAAAUACGUUGAGAUAAAGACGGGAACAGGGCCUUCUCCUGAAUACGGUCAGCUUUGUGCUAUUGAAUACACGGGAUACCUCAAACUUCCCACUGAAGACAAGCCUCAGAAAUUUGACUCGAAUGAUUUUUUGAUCAAACAUGGAAAUGGCCGCAUAAUUGCUGGACUGGACGAGGGUAUCCACACCAUGAAAGUAGGAGGCAAACGAAGGCUAAUUAUCCCCCCAAAGUUGGGAUAUGUCGAGUCUGGGCUGGGCCCAAUUCCGGAACUUCCAUGGAAUCGAUGGAGUCUCAACAGAUUGCUAGGACAAAUGAUAGAACAGCGAGGUGGAAAUCUCGUUUUUGAGGUUGAAUUGAAAAGCGCCAUGGACGAUGAAGCAAGUCAAGGAUACUAUGAAGAUGCAUCUCCAACUCCAGAGGAGCUUGAAAGGCUUCGAACAAAGUUUCAGGAACGGGCGGAUCAGUUAGAGGGUUCCGACAGUGCUUGA